CAUAAGCGGGCGAAAGUCUCGGUGUGCCGGCGUUGCACAGUACCGUCUUCACUAAAGCAAAAGCGAGUCGCCGGCACGCGAGUCUUAGCUUUAGCUAAUGAUAUAUGUUUGUGCAGCUCUAGCAAUAGUAGCCGAAGCUCCCGGCAUCUUCGGCCACUCGUGCUGUGAAAGAGUGCCGCUUGUGCCACAUAGAUCGCGAACACCGGACCAGUUGGUGCGGGCCGUUUCCUAUUCAACAGAGAUGGUGGAUGUGAACGCUUCCCUUGCCAUACAAAAACUGCUUAACGACUGUAAAAUAUGGGCGCACAGCAUCCCUGCACAAUAAAACGAUAGCGCGAACGCACACUAGCCCGACUCGAUAAGUAAGACCAC